AGAAGAUCCACUCGGAACGUAAUCUGAACCACAUUGUGUAUUAAUAAGGCGUUUGGGAACUGUAAAAGAUACAUUUUUGUUGUUAAUAUAGUAAUUCGAAAUUCACUGUAUCAAUUUCACUAAUUCUUUCACCUUGUUUUAUCCUGGAAACCAAAUUGUUUAUCGGUGACAAAGCUUCUUCUGUAUCACCGAUACCGAUAGUGAACAAAUCUGUUGCAGGAUUUUUAACGAAAUCGGACCACGUAUCUUUUGAUCCGUAUGCCAUAACAAGAAAUGUUGUGUCUAGGUAGAAAUGAACGAAUUAGAUCAAUAUGUAUCAAUGUUGACUUUAUGAUUCAUUGUAUCUAAAAAUAGACAGAUAAGAAUGUUUCUACAGAUAUGUGUCAUCGCUUACCUGGUAUAUGCUCCUGCAUUUGUAAUAUGUUCUGCAGACAGUAUUGUUUGUCACCAGCAUUAAUAACUGAAGUAUACGGAAUAAUUAAAACAAUGUCAGAUCUUGCACCUCCUUCCCCUCGCUUGCGUUCAUUCUCCAAUUUAUUCAUCAAGCGAUUCUGUACUUUGGUAAUUGACUUCGACAAAUCGAAUGUAUGUGUAACUGCAAACAAUUCUCCACACUUGAACACUCGUUACUUGUCCAACUUGGUUUAUUUACAUGAAUAAUUUGAAAUACGUACGGUUGUCGUAGCGUGACGAAUUGUAGGCAUAGAAAUCCUGAAUACUAAAUGUACUGUUUAUAAUUUCAGAUCCAUCGUAACCAUUCAUUAGGGUGAAAUUACUAUUAAAAGGAUUUAGCUCUAUGCUCUCUAAUAAUGUUCUGGAAGACACAAUUUUCUCACUUUAAUAUAAUGUGCAUCUUAACAAAUAUCUCGUAUGGUAAACAAUAUAGGAACUCACGCGAGAAUAGGCUGUAUAGCAGAGAAUGCCCAAUUUGUAUCCAAAAUUAUAGUUAAAUCAACAUUCGUUUCAUGAAAAUUAUUUGAAUCUGACUUCUCGAACUGGAGGUCCAUAUUCAUAGACGCUGCAAAAGUAGAGAAAUUAAAGAAACAUUCAAAGUUUUUCAAGAACUGGUCAAAACUGAUAUUGUAAGAUUAAUACUUACGAACGUAUGUUAUCAAAUCGUUUACCGCUUGUACUGAAAACUGUUUAAUUUUUUCAAGAUCGAGCGUUGCUGCUGCUAUAUAAGUGUUUAACACUAGACUGGCACUAUACACCUAGGAAAAAAUAUAUUGAGAACAUUGGCAUAGCAUUAAAAAAAAAAAUUUUUUAGAAACUUCACCUGUUCAAUCAUCGUUUCGUUGGGAGCAACAGCUGGGAACAAUGAUCUGCGAUUGGCUGCUCUGAUUGACGGAUCAAAGAAUCCUCGCUCGCUGUAGUACAUAUCAAAUACUUGUGACAGUCUUAAACUGGGUAUUUUUGAAUACCAUUUUUUAAUUUCAUUAGCCAAAAUUAAACCAUCUAAAUCGCCUCUAAUUUCUGGUGUUGUCAUUUCAAAUGUUUCAUUGGAAUCCAAAAAGAACCACCGUGGCAAAGCAGUAGAGUUCCAAUGACCAGUUGUCCCGACGCUAACUUUUGAUCUUAUUGGUCCUUGUAUUAAAACAACCUCUGCCAAGUCCCCUGUAGAAAAUAAAUAGGAAUAAGAAGAGAGAACUUACGUUAAUUGUUUGUAGUUGGGAAGAUCAAUCUUACCAGCCAAAGUAGCAAACCAUUUAUUGUCUACAGCAACAUCUGAUAAAUUCACACUAUAUUUCUUUGCUAGCUCAGGUUGUAGAUUAUGUAGCAUAAAUUUUUCUGGUUGUGUGGCAGCUGCUAUUGCAGAAAGAACUAAACCAGGAGAAACAACGCCCCACCUAAAAUAUAUUGAAUUAGAAUAGUUUGUGCCUUAAGUAUCUUGUAGAUUAGUUUAUACUCGUUUCAGAGAUACAUUAACAUACGGGGUCUUUAUGACUCCAUUCUGUAUAGGGCAUCUGCUUUGUGGUGGUAGUAGCAGCUUCGAGGCGUCUGGAUGAUUCGGUGGUAAUUCUGGAUAUAAUGAAUUUGGAUCAACUGUAACUUUAGCAGUUUCGUCUUUUGGAUUCGACAUGGUUUUUCUAUAAUUUCAUGAAUACGUGUUACUUUGUUGUCUCAGUAUAUCUAUUCCAUUACGUUGCAAUUUUGUCACUUACAUUUCAUCGGAUGUUAACGUUUCCACAUCGUCGGUAUUAACAUCGUCAGUUUCCAUAUCACUGGUACCUUUGCUUGUCACUUCAUCAUAAUUUGAAAGACUUCUUGAAUGUCUUGGAUUUACGUAUUUGCAAACUAUUGCCUCAUCUCCUCUUUCAAACAUUUCUAUGCUAUCAGAUAACAUGAAGUGUAAUGUACACUGUAAAACGAUGAUAUAAUAUGAAAUAAUUUAAAACCAUUGAGUAACAAGCGAAUACACUACAAAAAUUGUAGUUUGUUAGUUGUACCCUUUCAAUGUUUGUGAUGCUAUUGUUAGGAAACUGCAGAGCAUUUCCUUGUAUAAAUUGAAGCGUUUGAGAAUGGCGGAAAAAUUGAAAACCAAACGGCACAUAAGGUGUCACUCCAUCUUGUAUGGGAACCGAGGGAUUCGGUACAAUCCCAUCUUGUCUGAAACUAGAAGUUUAAAAUAUUAAUCGAAUUGUUGUUAAUCGUAUCUUGCGUUAGCAACAUAAUCACCAAUCUUACCGAUGCAAAAGAGCAACAGAUAGAGUUCUCAAAUCCAUAUUAAGACCUUCUACAUUUUCGAUUUUCCGUAAUAUCGAAAUGAAUGUGUUUAAAGUAUGCGGCAAUCUGUUAUUCCUUUGUAAAAGAAACUUAUUAUCGUAACAUUCUUUAAGAGAAGGCGACAAAUUUCGAAUUGCAUUUUCUUGUCCCCAGACACCUGAUAGAUGCAAAAUUCGAAUUUAGAAUGAAAUAAAAGUCGUGCUGCUUGUACUAUUUAAUCUAAUUCCGUUAGAAUACUCACUUAUUAUAAAGGCACUCAGGCAAUAGAAAAGCAAUAACUUUGCCAUUUUUCUAGAUCUGAAAAAUGAAACUUAUAUGAUUAUGUAAGACAAUUAAACCGUAUUUGAAGGAAUGGAGUACGUACAAUAAUUUGUAGGUGAAGACUUUUAGCACAGAAUGAAUGAUACUCCUUCAACUCUAUAUUCCAUAGUAUAACACCACACCUAUCUGCAGAUAUAGUAGUAUCUAUCAUCACUAAACUGAUAAGAUAGUAUGAUAUGCCAUGAGUAAUAGAUACCCCACCUUGUUACAGGUAUUCUGUAAGUAAUAUUUUUACUUGUUACUUCGUAUUUUAUCUUUAUGUUCUUAAGAAGCUUUGCUUGCAUAUAAUUAAAAAUAUAAGAAACAGCAAUCAUUUCUUUAAUGUACUAAAUGAAUUGAACUUUUUACUAAUGAUUAUCUUAUCAUGAUUAAAAUACGAUAUAAUCUUUACCAUCCUUCUGUGAUUGUGAGUCACUGAAAAGAUUCAGAUAAACAUCAAAAGCACGACACUCUUGCAAGAUUUCAAAUAACAGAAUUUUCUCUAACACAAAUAUGGCGAUUAACAAAAUUGUGUUAUGGAUAGUGUACUUCGAACUGCAAUUAACAUGGUCUCAAAUAAUUAUACCAGAUCAACUCAAAGAAUGUUAUACAAACAGUACUGCAUUCAAUUCUUCGCAUCCGUUAAAUUUACGUGUAUUAAUAGAUAUCAUACAGAAACUGGAGAAACAGUCUCACAGAACAAUGGAUAUGAGAGUAUUAUCAUCGUCGUUACUCCACAGGUUUAAAUUUGAUGGCGUUGAAUACCAGCAGAAUGUGCAAGCUACAGAUGGAGUUCUUCCCUUCCGUGCAACUGGAUCGCAACGUGUCAAGCAAAGGCUGGUUGAAGAACUGAUACCAGACAAUGGAGAAAUUUUACCAGUUGAUAUACUCUUACCCGUGGAACGUUGUAUGCUUCAUCGAGCUAUUUCCAACACGAUUCUGCAGCCUGAUAGUCAAUGCAGAAAUGAAUUUUGCAAGGAACAUACUGAAACUGCAAAACUAUCUGGUAAACUUACCAAUACAUUAAAUUAUCCGAAACAACAAGGAAUAAUUUUAACACCAUAUGGAACUGUUGCUCCUGGAACAAUUAUAGGAGCUAUUGCUGCAUCCCUGCAACGCCAAAAUGUUCCAUUAAAUCAAUUAAUUACUAGUUUGGAAGCACCUUCUCUAGAAACAAAUUCUACAAUUGUACAGACACCAAAAUACGAUGAUGAAGAAAUUGAUUUUAUUCUACCAAAAAGCGAAAUGAGCCACGAAUUGUCUAUGUGGUAUCGUAAUUUAAUGACUUCGUACGCAGAACUGGAUAAUGUAUGGUUGACUACAAUUGCGGGUGAAUUGGCAGAGAUGGCUGUAUAUCAGGGACCUUACGUAUGGCAAAAUAUGAGCCUCGGUGCAACUGGAUUUUGGAAUAAUACAAUACGGCCAACUGUUUAUUAUCUCACAAGUUCACAUACAAAUUUUGAUGCUACUAGAGCUGAAUUAUUAGGAGGCAUCGAUGGUUUGAUUAUCGCAAAUAAUUUGCAUUCUUGGAUUCAAGACUUUUACAACCUUCGACUUAGUCAAAUCUUGGACAUGUAUUAUUCAUACAAGGGCAUUGCUUUUAAUACAAAUAUUAAAGCAUGCAACAGAGCACAGAAUUUUCUACAUGUUGUAUCGAAUACUACACUAAAUGAACAGACUUAUGCAGCAGCUAAAAUGUUAGGCUAUCAUAGAAGCAUAGCAUACGUAUCACCCGAUGUAUUGCAACUUCUGGCUACUUAUGCUGUCAAGACAUUUUACAGCUACGCAGAGAAUCGUUUAUUCCCAAAAUUGUCGUGUCAACAAGUAGAUCCACCACGAGUAGAGGCGUUAAUCGUAUUCGAUGGUGCAUGGUCCAUAGAAUACACAAAGGACUUCCUUGGUUUUGUUAGAGUUCUAACGCAAGAUUUGGAUGUAUCAAUGUAUGGAUCAAAAAUGGGUAUAAUACAUGGUAUGUCAGGAGAAUGGUUGCUGAAUGUUACAAACAGCCCAUCUCUUGUAUUCAACACACUGAAUAAUUUUACAGAGGCCUCGUGGCCUACACAAUUUAAUUAUAUUCAAGUUUUGGAAACAAUUUUUAACCACUUGAAUGAAACAUGGGAAAACAACCGGAAACAACAUAUAACUGGAAGUCUAGGUCAAGUAGUUGUUUUACUGAUUCCAUUAGGCUACAUGUCCAAUAAUGAUAAACAGUCUACGAUAAAUAUAUUGCAUAAAAUAAGGGACAUUCAUCCUGAUGUUCACUUUCUAUACUGUACAUCACGAUCCAAUGCCAAUUUAUUUAAGCCAUUUAUUUUGACGGCUGAAGAUUACUUAACAAAGGACACUAAUGUUGACACUAUUACUCAAUAUCUGAAGACUAUACCACGGAUAAUAAGGCCCUUAAUGCUUCUCGACUCAAAUAACCCACGUAAUAUUACCCCUUGGAUGGAAGAUUAUAUAAGUCCUUCGAGAUCUACUACAUAUAGAUUACACUCGCAGUGGAAACGAAAUAUUAAAAAAAUACCAAUUUCAAUUCAUACUUUUGGCUAUGGUACAAUGAAAGUAUGUUCGUGGGUACAAUUUAACGAAAGAGAAAAUGAAAGAGAAAAUUAUUAUUGUACUGAAUUAACUGGUCUCAAAGAAAUUACUUUACCUAACGAUUUCAAAUGCGAUGGUACCACUCCGUGUCCCAAUAUGUACUUUUGUGUACAAAAUGUAACAUCUUCCUACAAAUGUGCAGAGAUAGAUUGCCGUACACCGGAUCAAGUAAGAUUCAUCAUAAGGACACAGAAUGUUUAUUACAAAAAUUCUGUUGAUAAAAAAUCAAUGCCGAUCUCAUUAAUCUUUGUGCUCUUAUUGGCGUAUCGUGCAUUAACGUAAACUUUAAAAAAAACCACAUCAAAUCUUGAAUUUAUUUUUUGUAUGUAUAUGUAUAUCUGUGUACGCUUUUUCUACUAUUCUAAAAGAUACAAGCUAACAGAAUUAUUCCAAACAUUAUACAUAUAACAGUUUGAAUAUGAUAGAAGUUUAUUACAUUAAAAAAAUACAAAUUCUAUUCUUACUUACAAUCGUUCGGAUAGUUUAAUAAUUGUGAUAUGCAUACUCGUACACGAAUUUUAUUAGGAAUUGAAAGUUGCUUGAUGCAGCAAGAUCUCCCAAUUCAGGCUCUACUAGUAGCCUAUCAAUUGGUGGAAGAAACUCUUCUGCUACUCCACCUGUAAUAUAAAAAAAGGAAUGUUAUGUAUAAAUUUAAAAGAUUUUCUGUGUUUGCUAUAUUUGAAACAGUUGACUACGUACCCAUGAAA